ACUCUCAGGCGGCCGCUGUGCUGAUGAGAAACACUGUCAGAGGAAGGCAAAGGAAGAGCUUCCUAAUAUAGAGGGACGGAUGGACGGGGAGGGAGACCCACCCGAAGGGCGAUAACAAGCCUUUUCUUCUGGCUUCCUCUCUGGGAGUGAAGGGAGUUUGGAAGGCAGGAGGCAAGGGCCUCUGUGAGCAGAAUUCAGGUUUUUCUUGGAGGCAUUGGCCAGGGCUUGCUGCUGCUUAGUGAUUGGGAUGUGGGAGAGAUGAAGCCCCUUUCAGCCGGUGCCGUAGUCCUUACUCUGUUCAGCGAAGACACCUAGGCUCAGAAGGGGCCUUUGAGCUCCUGACUUUAGAAUGGGCAAUGCUGCUGAGAAACAGAAGCCCCGGAAACGAAGCCGUCUGUGCCCCUGGAAGCAAGACUCUCAGCGUUCUCAUCUCUCCUCCUUCACCAUGAAGCUGAAGGACAAAUUCCACUCGCCCAAAAUCAAGAGAACGCCAUCAAAGAAGGGAAAACCAGCCGAGGUGUCUGUGAAAAAUCCAGAGAAGCCUGUGAGCAAAGAGGCAACAGACAGAUUUCUACCAGAGGGCUACCCUCUCCCCUUGGAUCUGGAGCAGCAGGCAGUAGAAUUUAUGUCCACCAGUGCUGUGGCUUCCAGGUCUCAGAGGCAGAAGAACCUGAGCUGGCUGGAAGAGAAAGAGAAGGAAGUUGUUAGUGCCUUGCGCUACUUUAAGACCAUUGUGGACAAAAUGGCUAUUGAUAAGAAGGUCCUGGAGAUGCUUCCAGGGUCAGCCAGCAAGGUGCUGGAGGCCAUCUUACCGCUGGUGCAGAACGAUCCUCGAACUCAGCACAGCUCAGCCCUCUCCUCCUGCCAUAGCCGAGUGUACCAAAGUCUCGCCAAUCUCAUCCGUUGGUCUGACCAAGUGAUGCUAGAAGGUGUGAACUCAGAAGAUAAAGAAGCGGUGACAACCGUGAAGGGGGUCAUCAAGGCUGUGCUGGAUGGAGUGAAGGAGCUGGUCAGACUUACCAUCGAGAAGCAGGGGCAUCCGUCUCCAACCAGCCCAGUGAAACCCAGUUCCCCAGCCUGCAAACCCGAUGGCCAGUCCGAGCUCCCCCUGACAGAUCGAGAGAUGGAGAUCCUAAACAAGACAACCGGCCUUCCCAGUCGACCGAGCUCUCCCAGACUCUACGGUGAGGAGGUCGCACCCCCCAAGCCCCCGUUACCUGGCAUUCGGGUGGUUGAUAACAGUCCUCCACCGGCACUGCCGCCGAAGAAAAGACAGUCCGCUCCAUCCCCAACCCGAGUGGCUGUCGUUGCCCCCAUGAGUCGAGCCACCAGCGGCUCCAGUUUGCCUGUUGGAAUUAAUAGGCAGGAUUUUGACGUGGACUGUUACACACAGAGGAGACUCUCAGGAGGCAGCCACUCGUAUGGCGGGGAGUCGCCCCGCCUGUCCCCCUGCAGCAGCAUAGGCAAGCUCAGCAAGUCGGACGAGCAGCUGUCCUCUCUGGACAGGGACAGCGGCCAGUGCUCCCGGAACACAAGCUGUGAAACACUAGAUCACUAUGAUCCAGACUACGAGUUCCUUCAGCAAGACCUCUCUAACGCAGACCAGAUACCUCAGCAAGUGGCCUGUAACCUUAGCCCAUUGCCGGAGUCCUUGGGAGAGUCUGGGUCUCCGUUUCCUGGCCAUCCUUUCCAGUUGCCUCCAGCACCUCCGGAGGGGCCGUCGGCCGCGGGACAGCAGAUGGACAUGCCGCCCGCCCUCCCGGAGAAGAAGCGCAGGAGUGCAGCCUCUCAGACCACGGACAGUUCUGGCUGCCGAGUGUCCUACGAGCGGCACCCCUCCCAGUAUGACAACAUCUCCGAGGACGACCUGCCGAACCCAGCCUCGGUCCCGUCCGUCCCCUUCACGCCCUUUGCUGCUAUUCUCCCCUUUCAGCAAGGAGGGUCCUCAGCCUCUGUCGAAUUUGUGGGUGAUUUCACUGUUCCUGAGUCAACAGGUGACCCGGAAAAACCGCCUCCUCUACCAGAGAAGAAAAACAAACACAUGCUGGCCUACAUGCAGCUGCUGGAGGACUACUCGGAGCCGCAACCGUCCAUGUUCUACCAGACGCCGCAGAACGAGCACAUCUACCAGCAGAAGAACAAGCUCCUCAUGGAGGUGUACGGCUUCAACGACUCGUUCAGCACCGAGGCCCCGCAGGAGCUGGCGCCGCCCCCCGCCCUGCCCCCCAAGCAGCGGCAGCUGCAGGCCUCCUAUGCUGCUUCUUCCUUCUCCUCUGUCUCCUACUGUGUCCAGCAAACUAAAGUGGCCUUCACCCCCGAGGACAGCAGUGCCACUCAGGGCAUCAGUGUGUCCGUCUCUAACUCCUUUCUCAGCCGGCACGGCACCUUGCCUGUGCCCUCGUAUAAAUCUGUGUUUAGGUCCUACUCCCAGGAUUUCGUGCCUCACAACCAAGCUUCCGUUCAACCUUUCCUUCCGUCUACCUCCUCUUCCUCUCCACAUUUCCCACCCGUCCACCAGUCUCAGAGCUCUGACUUAGCGGGGCCAACCGUAGCCAGUCUGCCUCCCAGCACCGUGGACGGGCCUCUCUCAUCUUCUCAGGAGAGCAACUUUCAUGGGAACACUGUCUGCCUUCCUUCCGAAACCUCUUUCACUGACUCGCCCCAGACGCCUUCGAGUGAAAACACCAGUGAGGAGGCUGGUGAGGGUGAAUACGUCAAUCUGUAUUCCUCAGGCCAGAGCAGCGAGGAGCUGGCUCGCUCUCGAGGCGAAUCACCAGCUAUGAAAGACGGCCAUCCCAGAGAUCCCUCGUCGGCCAGCAGCGCAGCGGGGAAGGAGAGCAGAGACGGCGACAGGGCCUCCAGGUCACCGGAUGGUUCAGAGUUGGCGCGGUCAGAGGAGGAAGUGGACGAGCUGUCCCUCAUCGACCACAGUGAGAUUAUGGCCAGGCUGACACUCAAGCAAGAGGGUGACGAUGGGCCAGACGUCCGUGGCGGGUCUGGAGAUAUCCUACUGGUGCAUGCUACUGAGACAGACAGGAAAGAUUUGGUCCUGUACUGUGAGGCCUUCUUGACCACCUACAGGACCUUCAUCACCCCGGAGGAGCUCAUCAAGAAGCUGCAGUACAGGUACGAGAAGUUCUCUCCCUUUGCCGACACAUUCAAGAAGCGUGUCAGCAAGAACACGUUCUUCGUGCUGGUGCGGGUGGUGGACGAGCUCUGCCUUGUGGAGUUAACAGAAGAGAUCUUGAAGCUGCUGAUGGAGCUGGUCUUCCGCUUGGUGUGCAGCGGGGAGCUCAGCCUGGCCCGUGUGCUCCGGAAGAACAUCCUGGACAAGGUGGACCAGAAGAAGCUGCUCAGGUGUGCCAACUCCGACCAGCCCCUGGCAGCCCGGGGUGUAGCCGCCAGGCCAGGGACUUUGCAUGACUUUCACAGCCAUGAAAUAGCCGAGCAGCUGACCCUGCUGGAUGCUGAGCUCUUUUAUAAAAUAGAGAUUCCUGAGGUUUUGCUUUGGGCAAAAGAGCAGAAUGAGGAGAAGAGCCCGAACUUGACCCAGUUCACGGAGCACUUCAACAACAUGUCCUACUGGGUCCGGUCAAUAAUCAUGUUACAAGAAAAAGCCCAGGACCGGGAGCGGCUGCUGUUGAAGUUCAUCAAGAUCAUGAAGCACUUACGGAAGCUGAACAACUUUAACUCCUACCUGGCCAUCCUCUCGGCACUGGACUCGGCUCCCAUCCGCAGGCUGGAGUGGCAGAAGCAGACCUCAGAGGGCCUGGCUGAGUACUGCACACUGAUCGACAGCUCGUCCUCCUUCCGCGCCUACCGGGCUGCCCUCUCCGAGGUGGAGCCCCCGUGCAUCCCCUACCUGGGGCUUAUCCUGCAGGACCUCACCUUUGUUCACUUGGGCAACCCAGACUAUAUUGACGGGAAGGUGAAUUUUUCCAAACGGUGGCAGCAGUUCAACAUUCUGGACAGCAUGCGGUGCUUCCAGCAGGCGCACUAUGAUAUCCGAAGAAAUGAUGACAUCAUAAACUUCUUCAAUGACUUCAGCGACCACUUGGCGGAGGAGGCCCUGUGGGAACUCUCUCUGAAGAUCAAACCUAGGAACAUCACAAGGAGAAAAACAGACCGGGAGGAGAAGACCUAGGAGCAGGUGCCGUGAGCGAGGAGAGCGCUCGAAGAGAGGCUCUGAGGGCUGCUGCGACCCGGAGGGACUUUGGACCUGGCCCCGGGCAGGCUGCACGUGUCCGGCCCCAGGGCUCAGCCAGCCCUCUGCUGUGCCGGGCAGGAGCCCCAGCCUUCCUGCUCCCCUUCCCCACGGGAGCGGACACCGGGCCCACCGUGGAGCCAGCAGGCAGGUCUCGUUCCUGAUUUGUGAGCCCGUGGUUUGGUUUUGGUUCCGGUUUCUGCUCUCACUUCCGUAUUCCUCACCCCUCCCCACCCUCGCCUGGGAGCCGCACAGGGAGAGCGGCAGACCAAGGCACACCGGGACUCUCUUCACCCCUCCCUUAAGUUUCAGGGUCCUGAAUCUGCUGAAAUGACAAAUGAGUGGAUGCUGAGAGGUGGGGGGGCUGUACCCCAGGGACUUUCAGUCGGGUCGGCAGAAAGCAGAGAAGACCCAGGAGGCUCCUUUUACUUUCCUUUCCCGGCUUCUUAAAUGCAAGGUGGUGUGAGCUUUUGACGUGGCCCAGAAAGGUUCACCAGGUGGCCUUUCAGUAGCACUGGGCUGGGGCUCCCGUCACGGUACUGGCCCUCAGAACCGUCCUCUUCCCGUCCCUUCAUCUCCCCGACCACCUGGCACUUGGGGAGCUGGGAAGAAGAUGGAGCAAGGGAGGGUGGAGGUUUAGCUGAGCGGGGGCCAGGAAGUCCUCCUGGGUGAAUGAAGUUGGAGAGUGGAGGGGCGCUUCUGUCCUGGGGAAGGUCAAGGUCCCUCCUCUGUCGCUUGCUGUGUGCCUUAAACUCCAUCUCCUGCCCCCUAGCCCCCGUGGGCUCCCCUCCUCCCUUGCUCCAUCCUGGUGGGGCCAAGGGAUGCCUCUCCGACCUUCCCCCAGUGUGCAGCGAGCUCUGCCCGGUUUAGGACAGGGUGCCCCGCCCCAGAGGGGGGCUGCCGUGGCUCUGGAGGUGCCUGUUGAGGCUGACUGGCCCGGCUCCUACCCCCUGCCCUGGGGCCUGCUCGCUCUCCCCAUCUUCCUGGUUGGAAACUACGCUCGCUGGUGAGGUGGACUGUCGGAGGCAGGUUCGCAGGGCGGUCCCCACACACAGAGGGGCCACUGUCCUCCUGCCCCUUGGGUCCUGGUUUGCUGACUGAGCACUUGCUUCUCCUGGCCUUUACUUGGUCAAGCAAAUGCCAGGGUCGAACUUCUUAAACACCCGUGUCACUUUGAGUCUUUCCUGGGUUCUGAGCAGCUUUCUCCGCUCUUGUUUGGGGUCCUGGACCUAGAGGGGAGAACGUGUGAAAUGCCAGUGGCGCCCCCUCGGGCAGUGGUCUGGCUGCGCGGCCGAACGUGUCACUUUCUUAUUUAAAGCGUGUGGUUGCUGUUCUUUAGCAGUGCAGGGCCAGGAGUCCCCUCACUGGGGUCGCGUCCUCCCCCUUCCCGUCUUGACCCUGCCCGGCGCCAGAGGCUGCUGCGUGCGGGGGGCCGCCACGGCCCAAAUACUCAUGCGGGGUCUCCACCUUACACGCCCGUCCACGGAUGGGGAUGGGGGCUUUACCUUCUGUCCCCUCCCCUCGGGGAGCCCUGCCAGGCAGAGGGAGGCAGUGUGGGGGACAGGGGUCCCUGCGUGAGGACCGCAGGGGCCGUGUGCGUUUAACUUGCUGGCAGGCUUCCCACCCUGUGCUAGCCGCGCGUCAGGGCUCUGAUCGGUCUUGGGGACCAGGACCCGGUGUUCCCUGCGGGGGAGGGGGGAGGGGGCUGGAGCCAGGGAGGGGCCGCACGCCAGGUCAGAAGGAACCCAACCUUUCAGAAGCGCCUCCCUCUCCCCCCACUCCACGCCUCCCCCCGUUACAGUGUAAUAUAUAUGUAUCCCCACUAACCUGGCUGAUGGUGGUAUCUUCCUGCAGACAUUUCAAACCUGUAACUUUUAUACGAAAGGAGAAUAAACACGGAUGAAAGCUG